CAACUGUCAAGAGGGGACGGAGAAAAAAAAAGGUUAGAGGAGAAAAGGGUAGGAAUUAAGUGCAAAAGGGACCAGCAACAUCUGUAUCUAUUAUGUAGGUUUAUUACAAUUUAAGGAGAACAAGUAGUCUGUCCGAAUAUUGUUGAUUCUCAAUUUCCUUUUUUUUCUUUUCUUUUCUUUCUUUCUUUCUUUUCCUUUCGUACCAUAAAAGCCUAUCUAAUAUCUUAAACUUAUGACUCUAAUUCUUCUGCUGAAUGAUAUGCCAAAGACAUCCCAAAUCUAAGACCGUAUAUCCUCUCUCUCUCUCUCUUUCUCUUUCUCUUUUUCCCCUUCCAAGCAUGUCAAAGAACACAGCAUCAUCCAAGACUAAAUCCAGCGCAAUCUGUCCAUGAGUUAUGUUCUUUAAAGUUUUAUAACAAUAAGGCCACGAAGGUUCUCCAUAGGUGACUAAGUGAAGAAAGAUAUGGUUGUAUAUAUAUAUAUAUAUGCAGUGUUGCAUCUAUGAUCAAUAGGCUUGGAAAAGAAAGAAAAGAGGCACAUCAUCGUGAAUAGGGUCAUUGGAAGAGAAAGAAAAGAGGCACAUCAUCAUCGUGAAUAGGCUCAUUGGAAGAGAAAGGAUAGAGGCACAUCAUCAUCGUGAAUGGUUGGUACUUUAGGGAAAAAGACAUGAAAUGCCAUUCAUAAUUUGUACACAUUAAUAAAGAAUUGAAGUUGGAGGUGAUCCUGAUCGAGCAAAACAACAAAUAAAUAUGUCAGAUGAAUAUGAGAGGAGUGAACAUGCUGAUGAUGACUCUUCAAUGGGAUCAUCCCAGAAAUGCUCAUCCUUUGAUUUGAAUGAAGAAGCUAGUAGCAAAGAUAACAAUGACAACGAUGAUAAGGGAUUCGAGGAAGCAAGGGAAGAAGGUACUUCAACUAAUAAAAGUAGCAGCAUGACAAAGGAAGGAAGUAAUGAACGGAGAGGUGGCGUGAGACAAUAUGUUAGAUCAAAAAUGCCUCGGCUUCGGUGGACACCUGAACUUCAUCUAUCCUUUGUGCAUGCUGUUGAAAGGCUUGGAGGUCAAGAAAGAGCAACACCCAAAUUGGUGCUUCAGCUAAUGAAUGUGAGAGGCCUCAGCAUUGCUCAUGUCAAGAGUCACUUGCAGAUGUAUCGAAGCAAGAAACUAGACGAGGCUGGGCAAGUAUUAGGUCAAACAUACAAAUCAACCCAUGAACUUGGUCGUAUUUCUCAUGUAGCCCAUCAGUCCAUGAAUCCUCGUCAACAUUUUAAGAUGGGAAAUGGAGGAAUUAUUCUAGCAAGUGAUUACAACGACCACAGUUAUUUCCAUGGUCUCAUGCAUCCCUGCUCCCUAUCACAUUCACAUACAAAAGCCAUCGAUUCAAGGCGCCAACAAUGGUACUUCAAUAAUCAUCAACCUUUUAGAAGACCAAGUUACUUUAGCAACGAAGUUGUCUCCUCAACUGCCUUACAAACGCAAGGAAGAUCAUUAUCUUCAAACCAAAUUAACCUAAUGGAUGCCACCAGCAUUGCACCCAUGAGACCAAGCCAGUUUCUUGAAGAGAAAAAGUGGCCUCCCUUAGAUAUUAUGAACAACCAUCACUGGAAGAAAAGGUUGCCUGCCAAUAUUACUUCUAAUGCUGUGUCACAACCUGUUGUACAUCAAUUUGGCACCACUGCAGCAUCUCUGCUUAGACCAAGUGAGUUGAACUUUGGAAACAACACAAGAAUCAAGGAGCAUCUAUCAAACUCCGACGAGCAUCGCAACUAUUCCAACAGUUUCAAGCUAGAAUUUGAGCCUCCAUUUCGGAUUAAGUCGAAUCAAGAAAAAUUGCAGAAAGAGAACCAAUGGGCGCCUGAUUUGCGACUGAGUUUAAGUCAGAGAGAUGGCAACAAUGAUGGCAAGACUGAUCAUUGCAGAGAAACCCAAGAAAUCAACACGAAACUUUCACUUUCAUAGAACUUAUAACCAUGUCAAUGUAUUAUGCAAAUACCACACAACCCAGCCAUUCAUAUAGUCUGAGUGAAGAUAUAUCGAUACUAAAACGAAUUAAGUUACACAAUUAUAUGUCGCUAAAACGCUAAAUUAUGGGCUUGCCAGUACAUAGGGUUUCUCCUCACACCCAAAAUAAUAAUAAUAAUUAAAUCGGAUUUGAGUGUAAAA